AUGGUGUCUUAUAGAAUUGCCCAGGAUCCAUUAGAAGACGGCCCCGGUACCUCCAUAGUGCUGUCCCCGCCAGUCACUACCUACACCAGGACAGAGGGGGACACGUUACCGGACAUCACCUGUACAGCAGACUGUAGACCUGGUUGUACCUUUGUCUGGACACGACCGGACAACACCAACUUUACUGUCUCACCUGUGUUGUCACUGGGACAACUGGACAGAUCAGAACACGGGACGUACAGAUGUACUGCUAGGAAUAUUGUCGGGGAGUCGACUUUAAUAACCAGUGUUACUGUACAGUAUGGACCUGGAGACAGUAUUGUAUUUGAUCCAACACAAGACAGUGUAGACAUUAUUGAGAACCAGACUAUCUCAGAUGUCGGGUGUUCCGCCGACUGUAGACCAGCGUGUACCUACGCCUGGUCUAGAUCAGGUACAGAUUACACAAACCCACUGAGUGUGUCUGUGGCCACGAGGACCAACGCCGGACAAUACACGUGUACAGCCAGAAACAUUGUUAGUCAGGGAACAAAGACUUGGAACCUUAUUGUCAGAUGUAAGAUGCGUGAAUUUUCGUUGAGGGUUAUAAACAAAUUCAUAUAAUAAAAAACUCUAAAGUA